CACUGUUGAAUAAAUUUUUUCAAAAACAAAAUCUUUAUUUUCAUGAUAUUAUUCCUAUGAUUGAUGCUAUUAUUACAAGUAUUCAAAAAGACUAUAUUAUUGAAAAUUUGGAUAAUCAAAGCUUCUAUUUGGGUUAUCAUCUUCAGCUUUUUUUUGAUCAUAUGAACCUAUUCAAUGAACAAUCUAAUAUAGAUUAUUUUAUCCACUUGCAUGUAUAUAAUAGCUGUGAUUAUGAUGAUCUUUUACAAGACAUAUAUGAAUAUGCAAGUAUAAUUAUUAUACAAAUUAAGGAACAUUUUCCAGACCAACCUUUACUUGCAGCAAUGAAAAUUUUGAACCCUGUAGAAUGGCCAGACAAAAAAGUAUUAUUAAAUUUUGGUUAUGAGAAACUACAAGUCUUAUUGAAUCAUUAUGGAACAAGCAAAACUAUUAAAUGGACAAAAAUUUUUACCAUUAAUAAAUUCAAGUUCUUGUAA